UUUCUUCCUUUUUUUUCUUUUAAAGGUGUAGAAGUUUGUUCUUUUAGAAACACCUUAUCUAGUAAAAUGUCAUGUUAACAGAAGUGAUGGCACACACUUAUAAGUCCAGGUACUUAGGGGGCAGAGGCAGGAGGAUGGCUUGAGCCCAUGAGUUUAAGACGAGCCUCAGCCAUAGUGAGACCUCAUCCUUUCAUUGGGGGUGGGGGUUUAAUAUCAAUUUGUUCAUUAUUUGAAUCAUUUCUUCUGUGUGUAUGUAGGUGAAUACACAUGCCACAGAGCACAAGUGGGAGUCUGUUUGCUUCUUCCAACAUCGGGUGCCUGGGCAUGGAACUCAGAUCCUCAGGCUUGGUAACAAGAACCCUUACCUGCUGAACAAGCUCACUGCUCCCUUGUUGGCUUUUUAUGAGACAAAGUAUCAUGUUUCACAGGUUGCCCUCAAACUUGCUACAUUGCCAAGUGUGAUGGUAAACUUCUGGUCCCUCUGCCCUUGCCUCUCAGGUGCUGGGAUAUUGGGUUUGCCAGCGUGCACACAUUGGAUGUACUAAAAUUGUAGGCACACUGCUGAGACCAAACCCAGACUGUCCGGUAUGAUUCAUCAGUACUCUAUAACUGAGCUAGAGCCCCAACCCCAAAACUCCAUCUUUAAAAAGGUUUUGUUGUUGUUCUUUUGUUUUUGUUUGUUUGUUUUUGUUUGUUUGUUUGUUUGUUUUGAGUACUAGGAAUCAAAGGUCACCUUGGACACUGGUAAUCAUUCCUGGGUAAAAUUGACACUGUGCGUGGCCUUGGGCAUCUGACCAGCCAAAGAUUUGUUGUUCCUGAGAAGCCAGGGGUGAGGAGGGAUAUUCCCAGAUUGCCUGGUCCCUGUCUUAUCCUUCUCUGCCUGACUCUGUGCAAAUAGUGCUGACUUUACCUUUGUAGGCCCAGACCCAGACCUUUGCUCCCCAGAAAGACCCUCAGAAUGCAGAAAGGAUAUUCUUCCAGCCAUCAGGGUGCUGCGAUCACUUCAACAGUUAUGAAGUAGCAACAAAAUAAUUUUAUUGUUGAGGGUCACCCCAGCGUGAAGGUUGCAGCAUUAGGAAUGUUUUGAACCACUGUACUAGAGACUCUCCUUCAAAGGAGGGCAGCAGAGGUUCUAAGGAGCACAGCUGGUGGGUCAGAGAUAGGCAAGAGUCGGGCUGGGGUCACAUUGCCUCCUCCAACCUAGGACAGCCACUUUGCAAAAUGAUUUAUAUAUCCUCAUUUUCCAAACAAGUCAGCCUAAUCAGUAGCAAGUUAAGACACAGCUGCUAGCGGGGCCGGAUGCACAAGCCCCUAAUCCCAGUGAUUCAGGCAGCCGAGGCAGGAGAAUGACAAUUCCUAGGCCUACCAAGCUCUAGAAAGUUCCAUACCCUGGCUGUUUCUUAAUCCAGAAGGUAAGCAGUAAUCCAAGAGUCUCACAUGGCGCCCGCUUGCUCCAUCACAGGCCUCUCUCCUUGCAACAGGUGUAAGUGAGAUUCCCAAAGGUCUGGGAGGGGUGGAGGCGGGAAGCCGCUGAGCCUAGAAAGCCGACUGGGGUUAGGCCGGAUGCAGAGGCCAGAGGAUGGGCAACCCCGAUCCGCUGCUGGAACGCACCAGAAGGCUGCUGACUGACUACUUGACGUUCUGUGCGCGGGAGCCGGGCACCCCAGAGCCACCGCCCAGGUCGACUGAGGCGGCCUUGCUGCGCACUGUGGCAGCUCAUGUCCAACGGCAACACCAGGAAUUCUUCUCCUCCUUCCUCGGCUACCGGGGCAACCGCCUGGAGCUGAUCACUCGGAUGGCGGAUGGGGUGCUUUCCGAUGCCAAGGGCUUCAACUGGGGCCGCCUGGUGUUGCUCUUAACCUUCGCGGGGACGCUUCUGAAUCAAGGCCCUUGCAAGGCUACCAGGCAGAAGAGCGGUCUGAAGAAUCAAGCCCAAGUGACCCAAGACUGCCAGCUCAUAGUGGACUUGCUGUGCAGUCGGAUCCUGGGACAGCAGCGUUCCUGGCUGGAGGCUCAUGAUGGCUGGGAUGGCUUUUGUGAGUUCUUCAAGAGCCCCUUUCCACUCUGUUUUUGGAGUCUGCUGAUCAAGGCUCUUCUGUACUGCAUCGUUACAACGGCCAUCCUGUAUGUCUGGAAACAAUUUAAGUUUUAAAAUUGUAAAACGAUUUUACCUGCCUAACUGUGAUCCUCUAAGGGACAAUUUUAGAUGGUUGGAUAAGAACUAAGGAGAUCCUCCUGCCUAAAGACAUUUUAACCUGCAUGCUACGUGGAGUCCUGAGUUUGCAAUGGGGCCAGUAUUUGGUGAGGGUCUGUGUGGCUCUUCACUAAGUGGGGUAAUGGUCUUACAGAUACAUUACUCCAAAGAACUCCAGAAGAAAUUACAUCCACUCCCUCAAGUGCGGCUGUCUUCAUUUGGCUAUCUGCACACCAGAGUCUCUCCCAUCUGUUCUGGGGUUCUUGAGCUGCUGCUGUUCAGUAACCAGGGUUCCAGGGCAGAGACCCUAAAGUGCCAAAACCCCAAAGCAAUGAGGAAUGCCAAUAGGAAACCUUAAGGACUCCUUGGAAACCUAAAUCUUUCUGUGGCUAAUUCCCAGGACUUCUGAAUUUAUA